AACAUAUGCUCCCUCUGUAUAUGCCCUAAUUAAUUGGCUGAGUUAGAAAGUUCUCUCUUUGCCUCUCAAAGAAAUUGUGCGGAGGAUUGAACCAACCCAAAACGCCGCCGGCCAGAUUUCUUGUACGCCGCUCAUCGUUCAGCGCGCUUCCGCCGCUCACCGUUCCUCGCUCUGCCACCGCUCACCGUUCCUCGCUCUGCCACCGCUCACCGUUCCUCACUCCGCCGCCGCUCACCGUUCCUCGCUCUGCCGCCGCUCAUCGUUCCUCGCUCUGCCGCCGCUCAUCAUUCAUCAGUAGCUGCUCUUCGUUUAUCGCUGCUCAAUCGCAAAAUUUAAUCUUAAAUUGGCCGCAGCUCUUGUUCUUUUUCUCAAUCGCACUUGUCCAGGAAAAUGUUCCGUGCUAGUGAUAUUACGCAUAAACCUUCUAUGCCAAGAUCUAAAAGGUCUUAUGUACCACCUCAAAUGUUAGCUAAGGGAUGUGGGAAAAAGAUAAGCGGCCUGUUUUCUACUUCUAAAGGUCAUAUUGGAGCAAACUCAUUUACUGGGACUAGUGGUCAUUCCAAAGAUGUAUCCACAAGGGAUCGUUCUGGUGGUGUUGUUUUUGAUCCAUUACUGAUUCUUCCUCACUCAAGUGGCAAAAACAUGAAAUCUUUACCUCCUGAAGGAGAUAACAUUUUUGAUGAUGUUAAUGAUUAUGAACUGAAUGGUUACUCAGAAGUACCAGGAGACCCAAAUGAAAAAGUUGGAAGAUGUGGCUCGUUUGCUUCUAAAAAGAAUACAGGGGUUGAAAAUAAGAGAGGAAGAAGUAUUCUUGAUGAUGUUAUGAUUCCUAGAGAUUCAAAUGGUCACGUUGAAGGAUGUGGCUCGUUUAAUGUGAUGAAGAACAACGGGGUUGAAAAAAAGAGAGGAAGAAAUGUUCUUGAUGAUGUUAAUGAUUAUGAACAUAAUGUGUGCCCAGAAGUACUAGGAGAUGUAGAUGGAAAAGUUGGAAGACGUGGUUCGUUUACUUCUAAAAAGAAUACAAGGGUUGAAAAUAAGAGAGGAAGAAGUAUUCUUGAUGAUGUUAUGAUUCCUGGAGAUUCAAAUGGUCAAGGGUGUGAGUCGUUUAGUCUUAAGAAGAACAACAUGGUUGAAAAAGAGAGAGGAAGAAGUGAUCUUGAUGAUGAUAGUGACAGUGAAAUGGGGUUACAUCCAAGAUUUUUUGGAGAUCCAAAUGGUCAAGGAUGUGGCUCAUUUACUUUUAAGAAGAACACUGAAGGUGAGAAAAGGAGAAGAAGAACCAUUUUUGAUGAUGCUAGCGACUCUGAAAUGGAGAUAGAUCAGGGAUUUUUACAAGAUGCAAAUGAUAAAGGUGGUGCAUCUUGUAUCACUAAAAUGAAAGCUGUGGCGGAAAACAUUCUUGAAGAUGUUAGUGAAACUGAAAUGGAGACCAAUCAAUUUUCACCAGAACCCAAUGGGAGUGACACGUAUAAAUCUCAGAGGAAAAAUGUGAACGAAAAAAACAGAGGAACAAACAUUCUUCUUGAUGUUAGUGAAACUGAAAUUGAGGUAUAUCCUGAAGCCGUAGAAGAUACAAAAGCUAAAGGUGGUAGCUCUUUUACCAAUAAGGAGAAAAGUUUAAUUCAAAAAAAGAGGGGAAGAAACAAAUGCAAGGAAAUAGCAAGGCUUAAACCUGGUGAGAAACUUGAAGUCGCUUUUUAUAACAAUCGAGCUGUCGGUAAGAAUCAUGAAGUGUGGGCAAGACAUUUGGGAAUUAUAGUGCGAGAUACAAAUAUGUGUCCCGUGAGAGUUCACAAAUGGAAAGAUAUUGGAGAAAAAGAAAAAGAUCACAUGUGGAGUGCUGUCACGGAUGUCUUUAGUAAUGCAAACAUUGAAGUUUACAAACAGCAUACUCUUUUACAUAUGAAAGAGUUGUGGGGAAAUUGGAGGUCAGAUUUGUUGCGGUAUAAUGUGACCAAUAUUGGAAUAACCUUAAAAACUGCAUACAUGCGUAGUCCGCCUACUGGACUUGAGAAGCAUGAGUGGAGAUGGCUUAUAAGGGAGAUAUAUUCCAAUCCUGAGUUUCAGAAAAGAAGUGCCAGAAACUCGGCUAAUAGAGGGUGCUAUGCUAAUGAGUUAAUGCACCGGACAGGGAGCAAACCUUUUAGGCAAGUUAUUUGGGAUGACUUGGGUGCGAAUGAAGGGAAUGAUCCACGUUUAGUUGAUGUCUUCUAUACGACUCGCAAGAAAGGAGAUAAGCUUCCAAAUGUGGAGACAAUACAAAAACAUGAGGAAAUUCAAGAAAUAACAGACAAAUAUCCAUCACUUUCCAAUGUUGAGGUAGCACAAAUGGUUUUUAAAUCCAAGUCUCGAGAUCGGGUUGUCGGUUAUGGAGGAGGAGUAAAGCUCAAAGAUGUAACAAGGUCACAACCCAGUAGAGAAGAACUUCAAGGUGAACUGAAUUCUGCUAAACAACAAAAUCAGCUUAUGGCAAAUCGCAUGGAAACAAUUCAAGAGGAAAACAAUGAACUUAAGGGCCGUGUUGGUACAAUUCAAGAAGAAAACAGUGAACUUAAGGGUCGUGUUGGUUUUAUGGAGUCUCGAAUGGAAAUGUUUCAAGAUAUGUUAGUCAAGCAACUCAACGUUUCUAUUCCCUCAUAGAAUAUAUUGCAAGGUAUUUGAAGAUGAGAAAUUACCAAGUGAUCAUAGAAGUCCUCAGAGCUUGACAAGUUAUUAGAUGGAUUAGCUAGCUAGUACUGAACCUUUCAGUUUUUGUAGCCAUACAUUUUAGAACUAGACUUGGAGAUUUUGUUUUGUUUCUACAGAGUUUCUACAGACGAUUCAUAUUGUUUCUGAAAUGA